UUUUCCCUCACACCUUUUCCCACUUCAUCAUUUUCUCCACAGAAAAUAGAAAAAAUCUUUCCUUACCGUUUGCUCUUCCCCCCUCCUCUUGGCCGGCCGCUUAUCUUGUUUCAGAAGAGGCCAGACUAUUUCUUCAUACAGUCCUCCUUCAUACUUUCGUGUAAAUAACAGUGCUGGUCGAAAAGGACAACACUAGACAGCUCACCUCGGUGUUCUAAGUUACUUACAAAGAUUUGUUUUCUCGAGGCAGAGCUUUUCCUUUUCCUUCAGUAUGCUUCCUGAUUUUGAAGAUGUCAUGGACAAAUGUAGACAAAUCCCCAGAAGACUGUGCAGAUAUCCCCGAAAGUUAUUGGCGCGGAUUGAAUCAAAAUUCAAGGAUCAUGAGUCAUCUGUGGUGAAAUACUCACUUCCGGUGCUUCGUUUUCAGCUUGAGAUGCACAAGGGAGAGUUCUUUCUGAAGAGGCUAUUACGUCUGAAGAGCAAGAAUGAUGAAAGGCUUAUGGCUCAUCAGAAAGAUCAAAUUAAACUUUUCGUUCAGAAGUUCGAGUGUAUCGCACUAAUUCUCUCAGAUGAAAGAAUUAAGGACAGAGAGGACGUAUUAGGAGCAAUUGGAGAAUUUUUUCACAGGCUGCCAUAUGUGUUUAUCUUCCUCAACGAACAAGAUGAAAUGACCAACCCUUCAUUUCCUGAGCUGUUAGAUAAGGAGACACAUUUGAUCAAGGCAAAGCUCAUGGAUCUUAUUCCUAAAUUUCCAGAGUUUAAUUUCCCAAAAACUUCCAAACUGAAGUUCCUUGAUUUUCUCGGGAGGAACCUCAGGGAGCUGCUGAAAUAUAAUUCUGCAUCAACUGCAUUGGUGAAGCUCCCCAUGGAAGAGAUUCAAGUACACCUCCAGAAUUUUUCACAGUUGGAGGACAUUGAGGAGCAUCCAAAGAUAGAAGAUCUCGUUGACCGAUUCACUGAUUUGGCAUAUAAGGCGGAGUACAUAAUUGAUUCAAUAGAGGGUGAUGCUCAAUGGCAGCAUUUCUUCUGGUUGGACAAUGUGCUGGAUGAGUUAAGACUUCUUAGCGAGAAGGCCGGAGGAAUUCAUUUGACAACCCCUGAUAUGGAAGUCCAAGAUUCCAAGAGUGUCACCCAGGUUUCAGUUGACAAGUUAUCAACAAAAAAUACAUCAGCAAUUGACGAAAUUGUGGUGGAUCUCAGUAACAGAGAAAAUGAAAUUCUCAACCAGUUGACUAGAGGAUCCUCAAAGCUGGAUAUUGUUUUCAUUGUUGGAAUGCCUGGUUUAGGCAAGACAACGUUGGCGAGGAAGGUGUACAGCAGUCUUAAAGUCAUGCGUCACUUCCAUCUUCGUGCAUGGUGCUCUGUUUCCCCAGAAUAUGAGAAAAGGAGAUUGUUGCUCGAAAUUCUAACAGGGAUUCAUGGGCUUACAGAAGAGAUUCGCCAAAUGAGGGAUGAAGAUCUCCAAGAUAAAUUGCGUAAGUUGUUACUGAAAAACAAGUAUCUCAUAGUUAUGGACGACGUUUGGGGUAUUGGAGCUUGGAAUGACUUGAAAAACUCAUUCCCAGAUGAUGCAAAUGGAAGUCGAAUACUGUUCACCAGUCGCCUCCACAGAGUGGCCUCGGAAAUUAAACAAGAGAGUCCUCCUCUUUCUCUAAGCCUUUUUUCUCAUGAGGAAAGUUGGCAGCUGUUAGAAAAGAAGGUAUUCAAGGAAGAAUGUUGCCCCAGUGAGCUGCAGGGAGUCGGAAAGGAAAUUGCUUACCACUGUCAAGGAUUGCCUCUUGCUGUUGUUGCGGUUGCUGGUAUACUGAAAACGACAGAAAAAAGCCAAAAUUCGUGGCAAACAAUCGCAGAUAACUUGAGCUCACAAAUAAUUGAUAAUCCCGAAGCACAGUGCAAAGAAGUCUUAGAUCUCAGCUACAAACACUUGCCGGAAUAUCUUAAAUCAUGCUUUCUAUAUUUGGGAGUUCUUAAUGAAGGCAGAGAUAUUCUUGUCAGGAAGUUGAUGCUGCUUUGGAUCGCAGAAGGUUUCAUACCAGAAACUAAGAAGGGCUUUGAAGAUGUGGCCGAGGCUUUCUUGAUGGAUCUAAUUGACAGAAGCUUGGUGAUAAUCUCCAAAAGAAGAUCCAACGGCAAAGUUAGAGCAUGUCGCCUCCAUGAUCUUGUCCUUGAUUUCUGUAAGUCUAAAACCGAGGAUGAGAAAUUCUUUCAGCUGAUAACCAGGUCUGACAAUCCAUAUGCUUCUUUUCCUAGUACAGAUUAUGGUUUUGAAUUUGAUUUUUACCGUCAUUCAUCCCCCGUUUCAUUUGCAUCCUAUCGGUUGGCUAUAUCUUUGAAGAGAAACCACUUCAUUGAAUCAAAACCUUCUGGCUCGGCCACCCGUUCUUUGGUUUUCUUUGCUUCUACAGAUUCAGAACCCAAACGCCCUUAUGACAUCUCAUUCAUUUGGCACAACUUCAAAUUGCUUAGAGUCUUGGAUUUUGAAUGCUUCAACUUGGGUAUUUCAUUUCCUGUAGAAAUUGGAAUUCUGGUACAAUUGAGAUAUUUAGCGGUUGGAGGCUAUUUGAAGUCCAUUCCACAGUCGAUAGCCAACCUCAGGAAACUGAAAACUCUUAUUGUGAAGGGAUUAAGUGGUAAGAUCACCUUACCAAAUACCAUCUGGCGCAUCACAAGUUUAAGGCAUCUUCAUGUAAAUCUCCAUGUUGCUUUCGACUCAGAUGCUGAAGAGCUUGGUGAUAGCUCUAUAUUAGAAAAUUUGGUCAGUUUUUCCUGCCUAUCUCUUUCUUGUGGUAAAGAUGCAGAAAGGAUUAUAAAGAGGCUUCCAAAUCUUUGCAAACUGAGUUGCAUAUUCUAUGAAUCACCAAAUUCUUCCACGAACAGCAAUCAUUUUCCGAGAUUGAACUGUCUGACUCAUUUGGAGUCACUCAAGAUAUUCUACUAUGGAAGCCCUCUUAAGAAUGGCGAGUUCAGCCUCCCUUUGAAUCUAAAGAAAUUGACUUUAUCAAACUUUCGCCUUCCAUGGAGUCAUAUCUCCACAAUUGGGAGACUACCAAACCUAGAAGUCCUCAAGUUACUUUCUGGUGCCUUUGAGGGGGAGACAUGGGACGUGGAAGAAGAAGAGUUUCAGAAUCUCAAGUUCUUGAGCUUAGACAAUUUGAACAUUGCUCAAUGGAAUGCAUCUUGUGGUCAUUUUUCCAAGCUUGAAAGACUCAUCUUACAAAAUUGCAAAGACCUUGAAGAGAUUCCAGAGGAUUUUGCAAACAUAUAUACAUUGGAGAUGAUUGAAGUACAUUGGUGCAGUGAAUCGGCGGAAAAAUCAGCAAUUAAGAUUGGAGAAGAAACUGAAGAUAUCAAAGUCCUUAUCAGGAGUUCAAAUUUGAGUUCAUGAGCACGAUUUGGAUUACGUUACUUAUUCUUCCACCGUCUUAUAUUUUGGGGAAUUGGUGCUCAAAGGAAUGGAGGUUCAGGUCUUUAACUUGAAGACUACUCAGCUGGAACUUUGGAGGGUCUCGUUCACCAUAAGCAAGAAGUUGUUGCCAAGCUUUGCCUCACAUUGGAACCUUCUAAUUUUGUAUUCUAGAUUAUGUUUUUGAACUAAUGUAGCAAUCUGACUCUGAAGUUUACGUUGAAUUCAUGAUGAACUGAUGAAGCAGGGAGCCUCUAGAUGCAUUAUCAAUGCUUGUUUGAUGAAAUUGGAAUGCAAUUGCUUGUUAUUGUCAAAGACCAAACUUUUUUCACCCUUGGUUUUGUGUUUGAAUAUUGAGGAAUUUGUUGGCAUGUUUGGUGGA